CCCAUCCCGGCCUGGCACAGCCCUUCAGAUCCCAGCCUUGCCCCGCCCACUAUGGGGCCGCCAGUGAAGGCCACGUGGCCACGAGAAUGACCAGCCAGGCUUCCCUAGAGGCUGGGCCUCCCCAGACUGGGCCAGGUGCUUCCUGUUAGCAGAGGUAGAGCUGGGUCCUAUGACUGCCGGCCAGAGGAAGAGGAGGAGGCUGGACUGCGAGUGUGGGAGGGGGUGGACCCAGGCCCCCAGCAGGUUAGUGGGAAGAGCAGGCGCCUGGAUCUGCCAAGAAUGCUAGCAAAGCUGGGCUCCCGGGCGGGCAGGCAGGUCCUGGGGAGCCGGUGAGGGCCGCUCCUCCCUGGGUGGCUGCACACUCCCUCCUGCUGGGGCAGGUAGUGCUGGCCUGUGCCUGCUCCCCAGAGCUCCCGGGCAGGCAGGAUGGCAGGGGUUCCCCCUCCUCUGCCCCACUGGAAGACACUCUUUGUCGCCUCAGAAGCAGGCUCCCUGCAAGCCUGUGACUCCAAGGUGGAAGCUGGUUUUACAAGGGGGAAUCCAGAUGAGUAAUGUCUCAGGGAUCCUGGGGACAGCUGACGUCCCCUUGGUGUCAGCGACCUGGCCACAGCCCAGCCCCCCACCGUCCGUGCCAGCUGGGCUGCAGAUGGACCGCAUGGGGAACGGCUCCCAGCGGGCCCCCUGGCUCUUCCUCACCUCCGCGCUGGCCCGAGGAGUCUCAGGCAUCUUCGUGUGGACUGCCCUGGUCCUCACCUGCCACCAGAUCUACCUGCACCUACGUUCCUACACCGUGCCGCAGGAGCAGCGCUAUGUCAUCCGCCUGCUCCUCAUCGUGCCCAUCUAUGCCUUCGACUCCUGGCUCAGCCUCCUCCUCCUGGGAGACCACCAGUACUACGUCUACUUUGACUCCGUGCGAGACUGCUAUGAAGCCUUUGUCAUUUACAGCUUCCUGAGCCUGUGUUUCCAGUACCUAGGAGGAGAGAGUGCCAUCAUGGCCGAGAUCCGUGGAAAGCCCAUCAAGUCCAGCUGCUUCUACGGCACCUGCUGCCUCCGGGGCAUGACCUACUCCAUCGGGUUCCUGCGCUUCUGCAAGCAGGCCACUCUGCAGUUCUGCCUGGUGAAGCCUGUCAUGGCCAUUACCACCAUCAUCCUCCAGGCAUUCGGCAAAUACCAUGACGGGGACUUCAAGGAGCUCCUGCGGCCCUUUGAGCCUGUCCUCAAGUUCCUCACCAUCAAAGCCGUCAUCUUUCUGUCAUUUUGGCAGGGGCUGCUGCUGGCCAUCCUGGAGCGAUGUGGGGUCAUCCCAGAGUUGGAGACCAUCAGCGGGAACAGGCUGGGGGCUGGCACGCUGGCCGCCGGCUACCAAAACUUCAUCAUCUGCAUGGAGAUGCUGUUCGCCUCUGUGGCCCUGCGCUACGCCUUCCCCUGUGAGGUGUAUGCAGAGAAGAAGGACAACUUGCCAGCUCCCCCAGCCCCCAUGCAGAGCAUCUCCAGCGGCCUCAGGGAGACAGUGAGCCCCCAGGACAUCGUGCAGGACGCCAUCCACAACUUCUCCCCCGCCUACCAGCACUACACACAGCAGGCCACCCACGAGGUGCCCCGACCUGGCACCCACCCUGGUGGCGGCUCUGGGGGCAGCAGGAAGAGCCGGAGCCUGGAGAAGCGGAUGCUGAUCCCCUCAGAGGACCUGUAGGGGGGCCUGGCCUGCUGGCACCUAGCUAAGGACCCAGGUUGCCCAGGCCUCUGGGAAGAACAGGGUCCCCCGACCCAUCAACCCUUCUGCCAAAGGUGGGGCCUCUCCUGAGAGCCCUCCUGUGAGGCCCUCCGAGCCCACUUCCCAUCCUCACUCCAGCCCGGGGUUCAGGGCACUUAAUGGCCCUGCCAGGCACCCAGGUGGGCCAGCUGCCCCAGGAGAGGGCACCUGAGCCAAUCGGAAGAGCCUGGGGACACCCUGGGAUCACCUGCCAUCAGUCCCCAGGGUCACUGUGGGGUGGGCAGUGAGUGUGGCUGCAGGGCCUCGGCUGCACGGGCCUCACCGGCACUGUGAGUGGGUCAGACGCCCUGAUUCAGGAGACAGACAGUGGACAGAUCCGAGGCUGGACAGCCGCAGGGAGGGGCACCAGGGCAUUGGGCAGCCCAGCCCUGACACAGCAGCUCUGAGUGCUGCAGGCUGGCAGGGUCCACACAGGCUGGCAGGGGCUGGGCUUCCUCAGAGCCUGCCGUGGCCAUUGUGGGCAUGUAGAGAAGGGCCCACGUGACUCCACAUGCCAGCCACAGGGAGCGCUGGCCAGGUGCCCACCAGGUGUGCCUGGGAUGGUUCACAGAACCACCGGGUGCCUGUGAGGCUGGCUAGUGCCACAGGGCUGCGAGAAUCGCUCUUAUUUAUAUUUAAACACCUUGGAUUUUCUACUGAGUCUUGGCUUCUGUUCCUGCAGGGCCUGUAGCCUUGGGAGCAGGCAGCAGUCGGGGGGUCACAGGAGGCCGACUGCUCAGAGUCUGCACGUGGGAAAGGGGGUCCCACCCGUCUGGGGUGGCCAGCCUCGUUGCCCAGGGUGGUGCAGGACAGAGGCCAGGCUGUGAGAUCACAGCUGCCGCCUUUCUUCCGGGAGCUUCUGCUUCCUCCAGAAUGGGCCUCGUGCCAGCCCCAUCCGCAGCGGGGGUAGAGGCCACGAGGGCAGAGCACUGAGCAUCUGAGUCACAGGGGGGGCUUCUGCCUGGGCGCCUCCCUUCUCUUGUUCCUCCACGUGCCAGGCACGGCCCUGGGUUUGAGGAGCCAAGCCUCAGACACAUGCCCUGCCCUCAGGAAGCCGGAGGCACCCAAGUGGCCUUUGAAAUCCCGGCGUCGAGAACAACUGCCACCCAGGGACCGAAGGGGCUUCUGGGAGGACGCGUGGCUGGACCAGGGCGAGGGGUGUCACUGUAGGGGCACCCCCCCAGGCCCAGGGCCCGUAAGGGAAGAGAGCAAUGACCCAGCCUGCAGGUAGCGGUCAGCUCUGUGUGUCUGGGGCACGAAGCACAGGUUGGGUGGGGGCUGGGGUAGGGGCAGCAGAAGUUGGCAGAGCCUGGGAGGGGGGCUCAGACGGUGGGUGUGGAGAGCCAGGGAAUAGCAGGCACAGCAGACAGGAAGGCUCACUGGGCACCACCCAGGAACCGCAGCUCCCAUCCACACUGCCCCCUCCCAUGGCCACCAGGAACAGCGGGAAAUGUGUCUCGGGUCUCUGAGGGACUCGGCAGGGUGGCAACAGACCAGUGGUGCCCGGGCUAGAGAGGAUCCACUCCCAGACUCUUGCUUUCUGGGCUGGGGACAUGGGGACCCAAGGCCAGUGGGUCUGCAGGGCCCAGCUGGGCUGCCUGAUGAGAGGCCGAGCUCCUCCCUGGCUAGAAAGACCCCCACCCGCCUUACUGGACCUCUGUAGGGGGAGGCCCACCAGGCAGCCACCAUCUCUCAUCCCAUCAGCAGGUGGGAGCAUGGUGCUCCCCAGGUAACUGCUGCCAAGGGGCAGUUUCUGGAGGCUAGGGACACUGGCCGAACCCUGGGCCUGCUCUCCCCUUGCCCUGGGGAAGGCCACCCCUUUAGGGCUUGAAUUGCCCAAAUCUCGGGUUUGGAGGGUGCAUGGCCGAGGGCUCCCCUUCUGGAGACCCAGAUACUGCAUAGGCUCCAGGCGGCAGAGGCUGAGGGCCAAGGACUGGGCUCCUAUGCCAGCAGUACAUCAGAAGACCAUGCCAGGAAACUGACACACUCAGCACUCACACCAGCCAGGAUGGCGACUGAGCUCAGAGAGGCGUAGGAAGUUGCCUGAGGUCACAGAGCAGCGACUUGGACAGCAGUGAGCCAGCUCUGCAGAGGCCAUCUCUCCACCCUGCCGCCUGCCCCUCACAGAUGCCUCUCCCCUGCAGACGAGGCUGCUUCUGCUGCUUUCCAACACAGCUUGAAGGAAAGCCCUUAGGGCUAAACCCACUCUGCGUGGAUGAAGGCAGUGUGAGGCGGUCCAGGCCAGGCUCGCCCACCUUGGGAGGGAGCAUGGGCACACGCGAGUGGGGGAGGGCAGAGAACGCGUGGUUCCAGUGUCAUCAUCACUGCUGAAAAAGGGGUUCCCCAGUGACAGGCCCCAGCAGAGGAGCGGGCCUCGAGGCAGGCAGGAGCCACGUGUCUUAGCUGGAUGCUCCCACCAAGCUCUCUAGCCCCCACUAGCCUCAGUGUCCUCAUCUGGAGAUGGUCCAGCUGAGAAUCCUCAGCGAUCUGCAAGAAAGGCUGGAAGCCUUGGAGGGCCUGGCCUGGCCUGGGUGCAGGCUGCGUGGCCGUGCGGGGUGCUGUCUCCUUUCACAGCUUCCUCACCUAUCCUCACCCAGGAGGAGCAGGCUGGGCCCAGAGCCACAGGGUGGGCCACAGGGAGGUUGGAUUUAGCUGGGGAAAGAACCAUCCCUGCCAUUGCUAGUGACAAGCUCAGGCUGCAGUAGCCCCAGCAGAUUCCACCCUCACUGCACCAUGCGCCGGCUACUGCACUCACCUCCACGCUGAACUCGCAGGAAGCAAGGCUGGGUCGGGGGGACUUGCCCCAGGCCACAUGGAUGCUGAGAGCUGGGAUUCUGACGGGGCGCAGUGGCUCACGCCUGAAAUUUCAGCACUUGAGGAGGCCAAG